AUGGGUUACGAGCUACCGCUGACAGUAGUUACAGUUUUUUGGGCACUGGUAGGAUGUGGAGUGCCGUUAGUUAUACCAAAAGGUCCCAACAGAAGUCUUAUUCAGAUAAUGAUAGUUAUGACAUCUAUUUGCUGCUACCUAUUCUGGCUCAUGACAUUUUUCGCCCAGCUAAAUCCACUUUUUGGUCCUCAACUUACAAAUGAGACAAUUCGUAUUGUCCGCAAGGAAUGGCCGAUGACGAUUUUGGGCCGGUCCAUUUGUAACCGUUGCAUUUAUGUUGUCUUGCAUAAUUUCUCAGCCGAUUCAUUCCUAGUGCAUAAUAUCUUCGUAAUUUCCAUUUCUUGUCUUAUCAAUACUUUGUGUUCUCUUUUAAUAAAUUUGCUUCUUGAAACAUACGGAUUCAUUGAGCCAACUCUGUGGACAGUAUUUUUAAGCUCACGAUUGGUCAUUAUGCGCGGCUCGGAAUUGAAGUAG